CACACAGACAUGCCAGAGGAAAUGAGGGUUGAGACCAUGGAGCUUUGUGUAACAGCCUGCGAAAAGUUUGCCACCAAUAAUGAGAGUGCUGCGAAGAUGAUCAAGGAGUCCAUGGACAAGAAGUUUGGCAGCUCGUGGCACGUGGUGAUCGGUGAAGGCUUCGGCUUCGAGGUCACGCACGAAGUGAAAAACCUUCUCUACAUGUUCUUUGGAGGAAGCCUGGCCGUCUGUGUGUGGAAGUGCUCGUAGCACCUCCUCUGCACGCCUCCUCCUCCCUGCUGACGCGGUCACCAGGCUGGGAACAAACACCAGCUACCAGCCAGACACUGGUUACGCUCUUGUUUUGGCAGUUUUAAUUGGUUCAUGCUACCAGCCACUGUGGCUCUGAAAGAGGUUCCAGUUCAGCUUAAAACACAGCUGGUCAGGAGUUUUAAGUUGGGAUCGCCACUUGGACUGGUGGCAUCUUAUAAUCACUCUUUUCAGUAUUUUUUUUGUUUCUGUUUUGAUUCUCCAUCUGACCCAUUUCUUAUGCUUGAACAUCAACCUGAAUGUUUGUGUGCAUGCAGGUGCAAGUAAAUUCAACUUUUACAAAAACCUACAGCCAGCCAGGGUCUCCAAUGUCCUUUAUCCUCAUUCCUCUUCAGGGAGUGUGUGUAUAUAUGUGUGUAUGAGGGAGUUUAUGUGCUUGUGUGUGCUGGACACACACGAUUUUGAAAUGCCUUGACAUUGUUACCUUUCUCAGCAACAUUUCUUUAACCAUUUUUAUUUUCCUGUCGUCUGAAACUUUUCACACGUGACCUUCACCCUCCAACAAACGGCACUACUCUUUCAAUAAAUUUUGUAAUAUUUUUUAUGUGUACAUAGUUUGAUGCUAUUCGAAGAAACAUCUUAUUGGAGACCAGUGUCAUCUUCUUACAAUAAGAGACUCGGAGCCAAACACUAAACCUCAUGAGUUUUUCUCCUUAUAAAAGUAUUUGUAAUAAGACUAAAUAAUAUCACCUCUCGGGGUGACUAUAGCAGUGUGAUUGUUUCAUGCUGGCACCAGUUUAAAUGACCUGGUUCGAUGGACCAUUACAUGUGAACUAACCUGAUUGUACAAUAAUUUAAAUUGUGGUGAAAUCACUUUAUUUGCUUUUCUUUUGUAUUCAUUAUU